ACUAGAUCUGGUAACUGAAUUUCAGUUUCAUCACGGGCAUCAAACUAAUCAACUUUUCUCGUCCAGUUCAUUCCUCUUUCCCCCGCACGAUAUUAAAAUCAGUUCACGUAUGACUUCGCAAGUGUGAUUUUUUUCCAAACUUUUCCAAAUUAUAAUCUUACCUAAUACAUUUCUCAAAACUCGCGCGGAACUAACGGCGCCUGCGCAAUCGCUUGUUAUUUUAACACCCAGAAGUCGGUAUAUGCGUACGAGAACGGGGAUCUCGACGGAGAAGUUGCACUGUCGCAUUAACAUACCUUAACUGGACCGGUCACGGGUGCGCGGCCGCUCGAGCGGAGCGUCCCGUGCUUCGGACAGCGUGAGUUGUCAAAGUGUAUAAAUUUCAUGGCGAUAAAUUCAUGUUAAGGAACGCGUCCGGUUCGGUGGCCGUCUCCUAAUAGUGGGCGCAUUGUACGUCGAGCCAUAAACUGUCGCUUUGGGAGGCAUCGCAUCGCGUGCCACAAAGCAAGAGCGAGUGUUCUCUCCGUGCGACCGCGGACGGUGGUCGUGCGUGCAGACGUAGCCGUUUACACGUGUGACCGUAUCGCACCCUCGGCCGGGAGAUAUGUGGCGCGGAAUCUAGUUAGUGCCCUUGUUGGCUUUAUCUCCGUUAUCUCCGUUUGGCUCGGAGGUCGGCCGUGUUGCCAGAUUAGAAGGAUCAGCCUCGCCGCGCACUCGCGAAACAAUUAGCGAAGAUGGAAUUUCGCAUCUUCAAUCAGCCGGCUUCGCGCGACCCCGGAAAGUUCGCGUUCACGCCGGAAAGUCUGAUCUUCGGCCGCUGCACUGAUAAUAUUCUAAGACGAGCGUUAUCGGGCGACCGGAGAUCAGACUUUGUUCCGCGCGCACGGAGCCGCGCGAAGGCGCGCGCGCCCCAUUGAAAACGCAUACUCGGUAAUUCCCACUGAUUUCGUUGACGUGCGAAUUUCUCUCGUAAUCUGUGACGUCAUUUGGCAAAUGUCCCGCUCGCAAUAUGCAUUUUUGCAAUAGGUGACGCGCGAUCGAUACAGUUGGAAGUGCACCAAACGAACGCGAGUGAGUGAGAACGUCGGCGGCCGUCGUGCGAGAACAUGAAACGUUAUUCGCCCGCGUCGUGUGCGUUCUCCGUGCACGUGUUGCUCCCGUAAAAGCGAACGUUUCUCCCGCCGUUUAACCGUUUCAGCGGUUCUCGUCGCGUGCGAUCGAACGUUAACGUAAGCUCGGGAAGAGCAUCACCGGGACGCACAAUGGACCGCGGCAUAUUGCGGCAAACGCUGAUCGGGCUCAUAUGCAGUCUCAUGGUCAUCGACUGCGGCUUCCACGAGGGAUGGAGCACGCCGACCAUACCCAAGUUCAACGACGAGGAUCCAUUAAGCGCGACAAGCGACGAGGUCGCUUGGAUGGUGAAUCUUAUGUACGUGGGCGUCGCCAUCGGGUCGUUGAUACCGUUCGUAUUGAUGAACAGCAUCGGUCGUAAGGGCACUCUGUUGGUCACCACGAUACCGAAGGUCGCCUCUUGGCUCUUCAUCGGACUGGCCACGUCUACACAUUACAUAUUUGCCGGACGAGUGUUGGCGGGAAUAGGAUGCGGCGUAACCUACGCCGUGAUGCCGAUGUAUCUCGGCGAGAUCAGCAGCAAACGGACCAGAGGUCCUCUAGGUACUCUAACGGCCGUUUUGAUCAACGUCGGGAUUCUGCUCAUCUACACGAUCGGCCUGUGGAUCAGCCGCUACACGAUGGCGAUGAUAGGCAUGUGCGCGCCGCUGCUGUUUCUACUGGCAUUCGCGUGGCUGCCCGAGAGCUCGGUGUUCCUCACGCGGAAGAACAAGCUCAUACCCGCGGAGAGGAUCCUCCGGUGGACCCUGGGUAAGGAGAACGUCGAGGAGGAAUUCGAAGAGGUCAAACGAAUUGUGGCGAUCGAGGACAAGUGCAGCAAGACGAACCUCGGCGAGAUGUUCAAGCAUGCCUUCACCAAGGCGCAGAACAGGAGAGCCUUUCGAAUCGCCAUGAUAGUGCUGAGCGGCUUAUCGUUGACGGGCGCGGCGCCCAUACUCGUGUAUCAGUCGUACAUCUUCAACGAGGCCGGUUUCGAGAUCUCGACCAAUACCAGCAUCAUUCUGACCGGCAUCGCCAUCGUCGUGUCCGGCUGCAUCUGUGUGAUGCUGGUGCGGUUCACCGGCAAGAGAAUGCUGCUGCUGAUCGCCGCGCCGAUUUGCGUGCUAUCGUUGGCGACGAUAGCCAUUUUCUUCCAGCUGCAGUCAGGCGACCACGACGUCUCCCGAUUCAAGUGGGUGCCCACGGUCUUCGUGGUGAUUUACGUGCUCGGCUUCGGACUCGGCCUUAAUCCGAUACCGCUCGCGUAUAUCGGCGAGAUCUUCGUCUACGAGGCCAAAGUACCCGCCGCGAUGUUCAGCGCUCUCUACUACGCCUUGAGCAGCAUAGCCGUUGUGAAGUUUUAUCAGGUCUCGCAAGAGGUAUACGGCACGUUCGUGCCAUUAUGGACAUUCACCGCGAUAACGUUUCUUAUAUGGGUAUUAAUUUACCUAUUUGUGCCGGAGACCGAAGGCAAAACCUUGGAACAGAUACAAUUGCAAUUGCAGAAUAAGAAGUUACUUUCUGCGACGUAAAAAGGUAGACGAGCAUUAUGAAUAAUCCAAAGAUCGCCAGGUCCAUUUUUACGGCGCUCAUUUGAGACGAGACCACCGCUCGUGCGAUCUGAUCGUGCGUUUAUAGAAAAUAUCACAACGAAAUCUCGCGAAUUAUGUCACGAUACUCGAGUCAGAACAUACUCGAUACUCGAAUCAGAACAUUAUGUAAAUAUAAACGUAACAAUAAUUGUAAGACACAUGCAAUUACGAGUCCCAAUAACGUUAAGUAGUGACAAUAAAUCACGUAACAUUUUCAUAUUAUCAGUAUCGAUUGUCAAGUAAUUAUUAGGAUAACGACAACGAAUUUUAGUUCGUAGACAAUAAUGUAGCGUCACGGAGAUUAUAGCGAAAAAUAAAAUGUUCCUUCUGAAUAAAUCAAUGUAUGUUAAAUAAUAAGAGCGAUGCGUACACGUAGUUUUAUUUUUUAAUGUUUAAAGCGCAGCAUCGAUAAUGCCGUUAAAUUGCACUUUGAGCUUGUGAAAAUUUAGGAAGAGAGAAAGAGAGAGGGAGAGAGAGAGAGAGAGAGAGAGAGGGAGAAGAAGAGAGAAAGACGACACGAAGAGAGGGGGGGGGGGCCCAUUGGACUUGUUUGAUCGUAAAGCUCUAACCGCAAAGAGAAUCGUUUAGUAACGAUAUCGCGUACGACGAGAUUCGUAUGUUCGAUACGGACAAGUUAAGUUCUCAUUAAAAACACAUUUGCAACGUGAAUUCGCCGACCUCCCUCGCUGAUCCUCCCCCGAAGUCUAAUACUGAUGAACACCACCCUACCGUUGCACCUUGCCAAAUAUUACCUCACCAUUUGCAUUGCUAACGCACGUAUGGAAGAACCAAAUGUACAGUCACUCAAUAAAUUUGCGACUUUUUCAA